AUGGCAAUCAAAACGCAUACUAUGGGUGGUGAUUUUACGGGUAAGAACCAGGCGUUCGACCUUCUGAAGCAAAAAGCUUUUUUGCGAGUUCUUGAAGAUGGCAAAAAAGAAGUACAAGUUGUUGGACUGGAAGAGGUUUUGAACUGCGAAAACGAUGUUCUUGAUCUGAUCCGGCAGGGCACGGAUAUGCGCCCUGCAGGAGCAACAUCUGCAAAUUCCAAUUCGAGCAGAUCCCAUGCCGUCUUUCAAAUAGUUUCGAGGAGGGGCAAUAAAUUAUGGGGAAAGUUUUCGCUGAUAGAUUUAGCGGGUAACGAACGUGCUAAGAUUGGUGUUACGGGAUCGUUUAUUGAAGAAAGCGCGCACUUGUAUGAACAUGAAGACAUGGAUGAAAGAACUGAGCAAUUUGAUCACUCGUUCACUGUGGAUUGCGGUCAGGGAAAAUACGUGCGCGACGCUCUUAAUGUGGACAAUAAGAUGUUCAGCGGACUGUCGAAAUGCAAGGAUCGAUUAAACAGAAGGCAAGAGCUACAAGUGGCAGAAGCAGAGAUGUCCAAAAAGCAACAAGAAAUUCAAAAUCCCCAUCGUUAG